AUGAUGGUGAAAAAAGCUGCCGAAGGUCUUAUCAUUGAAGGCACGAUGGUGGGAAAACUGAAAGAAGCCGAAUGGAUAGCUGAGCAAUUACGCAAGGAAACAAACUCGUCUCAACAAGAAGUAUGGGAGUGUUGUGCUCGACUCUACAGUAUGGAUUCAUUUCUAUAUAGACGAAUGAAUGAGACCAUGCGACUUACUGAUGAUGGUGAUGAAGAACAUGAAAAAUUAUGGAGAAGCAAGAUUAUUUCACUUGGUCCAUUUGCUUGGCUUCUCUAUUGGAUGCGAGAAAAAAGUGAUCUCAACUCUACACUCACGGUCUAUCGAGGGGCAACACUACCGGAUGAUGUGAUUGCACAAUUUCAGCAAGCAACUCAAGACGAUCUGUAUUCCUUCCAAGCUUUUACAUCGACUACUCGAAGUCGACAGAUCGCUGACAUUUAUGGAGGCAAUGUUAUUUUCAUAAUUCACAUUUCUCUUGAAGAUGGCAUCGAUAUACAACGUUAUUCGAAUUUCCAAGACGAAGAAGAAAUAUUACUUGCAUCUUCAUUUCUCUUCAAAGUUAAAUCCUAUGAAAAAGUUGAAGAUAAAUGGGAAAUUCAUCUUGUAUCAUUGUGGUCUUCUGACUACUGGACUUCAUCAUCUUCGAGUUCUAUUGAUUUGUUAGAAGAUUAA